AAAAGCAAAACGUGUACAAACAGAAAUGACGCGCGUGCACGAGCCUGCUCGCGCGGCUCCGCCUCUGUGUUUUGAUAUCUGAUCCUUGUUUCCGGUCACCAGCGUGCUGCCGCGGUAAAAGCUCGAGAGUUUUAAACUUCGUCUUCAGCUCGUUUCAGCGGGUUUAACGUCGGACACUGAGCAGCGGGUCACGAUUUAAAUUCUGAAAUAUUUCAAAACAUUUUUCAUUUCUUAAAAACAUGUUUGAUUCCACACAAACGCCGUUUGGCAGCGGAAAAGGUUUUAUUGUGAAAGAGUCUGUGCGUUUCCGGUGUUCACUGAUGUAACGAGGGAGGUCAGAGCGGAGCUAACAGGCUAACGGGCUAAAGGGAGCGAGCUGGAGACAGGGUGGACUACUUGAGUGAGAAGUUGUCCUCAGCAGAGGAGACGGACAGACAGCAGCUCAGAGAGCAGAUAGACAGUCUGGAGAGAGACAUCCAGCUGCUCAGGUGCGCUGUCCACACCUGGAGUCCAGAGGAGUGCUGUGGUGCGUUCAGGGUCCUCUGUUUUCUCCAGCAUCAUCAGUGUCCUCUGGUGGACGGCAGAGGGACUGCAGCCCGACAGCAUGCACGCAUAGCUGCCUGAUCCCAGUUCUGAUCCUGAUCCCAGUCCCCGUCCCUGUCCCUGUCCCUGUCCCGGUCCCGGUCCUGGCCCCGGUCCCCGUCCCCUGAUGUCUCGUCACAGCAAGCUGCAGAAGCAGGUCCUGUCUCUGUACCGGCAGUUCCUGCGGGCCGGCCGGGACAAGCCGGGCUUCCUGCCGAGGAUCCGGGACGAGUUCCGGGAGAACGCCGCCAUCCGGAGGACGGACGUGAUGCACAUCGAGUACCUGUACCGGCGGGGACAGAGACAGCUGGACCAGCUGAGGGACAGCAACACCAAGCAGCUGGGCUCCUUCUCCAAGCCCAGGGAGGGGCCGGACGGCGACCUCUGACGACCUCUGACGACCUCUGCUGACCUCUGACGACCUCUGCUGACCUCUGCUGACCUCUGCUGACCCCCACUGACAGACGCUGACCUCUGACCUUUGAGACAGCAGGUCAAACCUUAAUAAAAUACCUGGUGUGACGUCAGACAGUCUGGGUUCUGGGUUCUUCUGCUGGUUCCUCGGGUCGGUUCUGCUGUUCUCCGGGUUCUCCGGGUUCUCCAGGGUUCAGGUUUAGACUGUUUUGUUCCAGAACCUUCUAGUGGACCAGCAGGAGAACCUCGUGGUUCUCAGUGUUUUCUGCUGUUGCCGUGGAAACGUCGUUCAGUUUGGGAAUCUGAGAAGAGAAACGUUCCAGCUGAUCCAGAACCGUGCUCUGGACCCGGGUGCUGAGCAGGACUCGGCGACUGGACGGGUUCUGUUCUUCAGGACCAGGAGACCCGGAGGUCCGGUGGUCCAUCGGUCCGUCGGUCCGUCGAUGUUCAGAUCAACCCUUUUUAAACUUGUUUAACUUCAAAUAAACUUUAUUCACAGAACAGACGCGACAGUCUGCUCAGAACCUCAGGACCUCAGGAACCAGAAACUGUUGUCACGUGACGUUCUAGACGCUCAGCAGGCCAAACUGCUCCGACACUCUGGGCCGCAGCGCCGCCUGGUGGCUGCAGGAACAGCAGCAGAGUGGAAGGAGCCUGUGAGUCUGUGCUCAGGGCGCCACUCAAAGGUUGUUUUUAAUUAAAAGAAAGAACAUAUAAACUGUCUUGGAGGCAAACAGUCAAACAAUCAGGAAAAGAACACAAGCAAAAAUAAUUACAAGGGGGGGGGCAAUCAGACAUGGCGCAAACGACAUGAAUUCAGUGUCCUCUGGUAAUAAUAUUGUCCUCUGGUCUGGGUCUUCUAUGUAAAAAUCAAAUAAGAAAACAGGACGUUCUGUAUCACAGCACAUUUUUUGGGAACGGCGCCUGACGUCGUUUUCAGACAGAAAAUAAAAUAAAGGUCAAACUGGU